AUGGGUGCCGUCAAGAUUCCCGAGGAUUUUGAUGACCGACAACUCCAAAUUGACGCUGAAAAAGAGGAAUACCAUCCUUAUGAGUACCAGACAGAGAACAAUGACUCCUGGGCGGGUGCUCUCCCGGUGAAGCAGGGAUUGUACGACCCGUCCCUCGAGAAAGAUGCUUGCGGUGUCGGUUUUGCCUGCCACAUCAAGGGCAAGCCUAGCCACAAGAUCGUUAGCGAUGCGCGCAACCUCCUCUGCAACAUGACCCAUCGCGGUGCGGUGGGAUCUGACGCACGGGAUGGUGACGGCGCUGGUGUCAUGACCUCUAUUCCUCACAAGUUCUUCAUCAAGAACUUUGAGCGAGAAGAGGGCAUCAAGCUUCCACCUCUGGGCCAGUAUGCUGUGGGGAACUUGUUUUUCAAGCCCGACCAGGAGACGGUGCACGAGUGCAAGCGGCAAUUGGAAGAUGUUGCCGAGUCCUUGGGUCUGAGGGUCCUGGGGUGGCGAGAACCCCCCGUGGAUUCUUCUCUCCUUGGUCCUGCUGCCCUUUCACGGGAGCCCACCGUUCUCCAACCCUUCGUCGUACUGCAGUCCGCAUAUGGCCCGGGCAACGCUCCCGAGGUGACGGACCCAGAGUUGUUUGAUGAGAGGCGCUUUGAGAGGCAGCUCUAUGUCCUCCGAAAGCGAGCCACUCAUACUGUGGGGCUUCAGAACUGGUUCUACAUCUGCUCCCUUUCCAACAAGAACAUUGUCUACAAGGGGCAGUUGGCGCCGGUUCAGGUCUACCAAUACUACCAUGAUUUGGUGAAUGCCGAUUAUGAGGCUCACUUUGCCCUCGUGCACUCGCGCUUCUCCACCAACACGUUCCCUUCUUGGGAUCGUGCCCAGCCUCUACGAUGGGCCGCUCACAACGGUGAGAUCAACACCCUUCGCGGCAACAAGAACUGGAUGCGCGCCCGUGAAGGCGUGAUGCGAUCCGAUAUCUUUGGCGAUGAGCUCGAGAUGCUGUACCCCGUAGUCGAGGACGGUGGUUCCGAUUCGGCUGCUUUUGACAACGUGCUGGAGCUGCUCACCAUCAAUGGUGUGCUCUCCCUCCCCGAGGCCGUCAUGUUGAUGAUUCCCGAAGCCUGGCAAGGGAAUGAACUGAUGGAUCCCAAGAAGGCUGCAUUUUACGAGUGGGCUGCUUGUCAGAUGGAACCCUGGGACGGCCCUGCGCUCUUCACCUUCGCUGAUGGCCGUUUCUGCGGCGCCAACCUUGACCGUAACGGCCUCCGACCUUGCCGUUUCUAUGUCAUGGACGACGACCGCAUCAUCUGUGCCUCCGAGGUUGGCACCAUUCCUGUCGACCCCGAGAGGGUCGUGCAGAAGGGCCGCUUACAGCCCGGGCGCAUGCUCCUGGUUGACACACAAGCGGGCCGCAUCAUCGAUGACAGUGAGCUGAAGGCCGCUGUCUCGAGCCGCCAUGACUUCAGAGCUUGGCUCGACGAGAGUCUGAUCACGAUGCCUGCUGUUCUCGACAAGGUCUCGGAGAGCAAGGGCGUGGAUCUAGCCGCGAAGCCCAGCGAGACGAAGCUCCAGGAGGACCCCAUGCUCCAGGCUUUCGGUUAUACGUUUGAGCAGGUGAGCUUGCUACUGGCGCCCAUGGCCUCCGACGAGAAGGAGGCACUCGGUUCCAUGGGCAAUGAUGCGCCCCUCGCAUGCUUGUCGGAUGCCCCCAAGCUGCUCUACGAGUACUUUAGGGAGCUGUUCGCGCAGGUCACGAACCCGCCCAUCGAUCCGAUUCGUGAGUCCAUCGUCAUGUCCCUGGACUGCUAUGUCGGCCCGCAAGGGAACCUCCUUGAGAUGGAUGCAUCUCAGUGCGGCCGGCUGCUCUUGCACAGCCCCAUUCUUUCCACCGAGGAGUUCAACGCCAUGACGAACAUGUCGACCUUUCACCCUGGCUGGACUGUCAAGACAAUCGACCUAACAUUCCCGAAGGCCGGCGGCGUCCAGGGCUAUGUCAACCACCUCGAUUACAUCUGCAACGAGGCCACUGCCGCCAUCGAGGCACGCGACCGCAUCAUUGUCCUCUCCGACCGGAACACGUCCAAGGACCGGGUUGCGGUGUCGGCCCUGCUUGCCUCCGGCAUGGUCCACCACCACCUUGUCGCUAACAAGUGGCGCUCAAUGGCUGCCCUCGUUGUCGAGACCGCUGAGGCCCGCGAAGUGCAUCACAUGUGUGUCCUGCUUGGCUACGGCGUGGACGCCAUCAACCCCUACUUGGCUAUCGAGUGCAUCUUGAAGCUCAAUCGGGAGAAGCUUAUUAAGAAGAAGCUCACCGAUGACGCCCUCAUCCGCAACUACAAGCACUCGUGUGACGGCGGCAUCCUCAAAGUCAUGAGCAAGAUGGGUAUCUCUACCCUUGCCAGCUACAAGGGCGCUCAGAUCUUCGAGGCCCUCGGCGUCGAUGACAGUGUUGUCGACCGCUGCUUCCGCGGCACCGCCUCCCGAAUCAAGGGCAUCACAUUUGAGCUCAUCGCUGAAGAUGCAUUCCGCUUCCACGAGCGUGGUUUCCCGUCCCGCGAGACUACUGCUGUUCCUGGCCUUGCGGAAUCCGGCGAGUACCACUGGCGUGACGGUGGAGAGGCGCAUAUCAACGACCCCAAGUCCAUUGCUGCCAUCCAGAAUGCGGUCCGAAACAAGGACGACAAGUCGUACGAGGCCUACUCUCUGUCUGAGUAUGAGCAGAUCAAGUCUUGCACGCUUCGUGGCAUGCUGGACUUCAAGUUCGACGACUGCACGCCCAUCCCGAUUGACCAGGUCGAGCCGUGGACCGAGAUCGUGCGGCGCUUCUGCACCGGUGCCAUGUCGUAUGGUUCCAUCUCGAUGGAGUCCCACUCGACUCUUGCUGUCGCCAUGAAUCGACUUGGCGGCAAGUCCAACACUGGCGAGGGUGGUGAGGACGCCGAGCGUUCUGAACGGAUGGCCAACGGCGACACCAUGCGCUCGGCCAUCAAGCAGGUCGCGUCUGGGCGCUUCGGCGUCACCUCCGCCUACCUCGCCGACUCGGACGAGAUCCAGAUCAAGAUGGCGCAGGGUGCUAAGCCGGGCGAGGGUGGCGAGCUUCCUGGCCACAAGGUGUCCAAGCCGAUCGCGCGGACGCGGCACUCGACCCCUGGUGUUGGCUUGAUCUCCCCCCCGCCCCACCACGACAUUUACUCGAUCGAGGACUUGAAGCAGCUCAUCUACGACCUCAAGUGCUCGAGCCCUCGAUCGCGUGUGUCGGUCAAGCUGGUGUCGGAGACUGGUGUCGGCAUCGUCGCGUCUGGUGUCGCCAAGGCUAAGGCGGACCACAUCCUCAUCUCAGGCCACGACGGCGGUACCGGUGCCUCCCGCUGGACGGGAAUCAAGUACGCCGGCCUACCGUGGGAGCUGGGUCUUGCUGAGACGCACCAGACGCUAGUGCUGAACGAUCUUCGUGGCCGUGUGGUCGUCCAGACGGAUGGUCAGCUGCGGACGGGUCGCGAUGUCGCUAUCGCCUGCCUGCUCGGCGCUGAGGAAUGGGGCUUUGCCACAACUCCCUUGAUCGCCAUGGGCUGCAUUAUGAUGAGGAAGUGCCACCUCAAUACGUGCCCUGUCGGCAUUGCGACGCAAGAUCCUGAGCUCCGGAAGAAGUUCACGGGCACGCCCGAGCAUGUCAUCAACUUCUUCUUUUACGUCGCCAACGAGCUCCGUUCUAUCAUGGCCAGCCUUGGUUUCCGGACGGUCAACGAGAUGAUUGGGCACGCCGAGGUUCUCAAGAUCCGGGACGACAUCAGGAGCAAGAAGACGGCCAACAUUGACCUGUCACUCAUCCUCACGCCCGCCCACAAGCUGCGGCCGGGUGUUGCGACGUUCAAUGUCCGCAAGCAGGACCACCGCCUCUAUGUCCGCCUAGACAACAAGCUUAUCUCGGAAGCUGAGUUGACUCUCGACAAGGGCCUGCCGUCGCGUAUCGAGUGCGACAUUGUCAACACCGACCGCGCCAUGGGUACUUCGCUUUCCUACCAAAUCUCCAAGCGGUAUGGUGAGGAAGGUUUGCCGCUGGAUACCGUCCAUGUUAAUAUCAAGGGCUCCGCUGGCCAGUCAUUUGGUGCCUUCCUGGCCCCCGGUGUCACCCUGGAACUAGAGGGCGAUGCCAACGAUUACGUCGGAAAGGGCUUGUCUGGCGGCCGCCUCAUCGUCUACCCCCCGCGGUCGGCGGUCUUCAAGGCCGAGGAGAACAUCUUGAUUGGCAAUGUCUGCUUGUAUGGAGCUACCUCCGGUACCUGUUACUUCCGCGGCGUUGCUGCGGAGCGGUUCGCUGUGCGCAACUCGGGUGCCAUUGCCGUCGUCGAGGGUGUUGGUGACCACGGCUGUGAGUACAUGACUGGCGGCCGCGUCGUCAUUCUCGGCAGCACCGGCCGCAACUUUGCGGCUGGUAUGUCCGGUGGUAUCGCCUAUGUCCUCGACAUCGACAACGACUUCCGCUCCAAGCUCAACACCGAGAUGGUUGAAGCAGGCAGCAUCGAGGACCCUGAGGAGAUCGCCUAUGUCCGUAACCUGAUCGAAGACCACCAUCACUACACGGGCUCUGAACUUGCGGCCCGUAUCUUGGUUGACUUCAACCGUGCUCUCCGCCGGAUUGUCAAGGUCCUCCCGGUGGACUACAAGCGUGUCCUCGAGGAGGAGGCAGCCAAGGCGGCCGAGGCCAAGCGCGCCGAGUACAAUCUCCCUGUGAUCUCCGGUGUCGCACACAAGAAGGAGGAUAAGGAGAAGGCCGCCAAGCUCCAGGAUAUCGAGGAGAGCGUGAGGGAUGACUCCGCCGACAAGAAGAAGGCUCUUGUUCUGGAUAAGACUCGUGGUUUCAUGAAGUACCAGCGGAGAGGUGAGAAGUACCGCAGCACAAAGACGCGGACCAAGGAUUGGGCCGAGCUAUCGCAACGACUGAACGAGGACGAGCUCAAGUACCAAUCUGCUCGUUGCAUGGAUUGCGGCGUUCCCUUCUGCCAGUCCGAGUCUGGGUGCCCCAUCUCCAACAUCAUUCCCAAGUGGAAUGAAUUGGUAUUCCAAAACCAAUGGCGCGAUGCUCUGGACCGUCUCCUGAUGACAAACAACUUCCCCGAGUUCACCGGCCGCGUCUGCCCUGCUCCUUGCGAGGGCGCUUGCGUCCUCGGCAUCAACGAAGACCCCGUCGGCAUCAAGUCGAUCGAGUGCGCUAUCAUUGACCGCGGCUUUGAGAAGGGCUGGAUGGUUCCGAACCCGCCCAAGAUUCGCACCGGCAAGACCGUUGCUGUCAUUGGAUCUGGCCCGGCCGGUCUUGCGGCCGCUGACCAGCUCAACAAGGCCGGCCACAUGGUCACCGUCUACGAGCGCGCCGACCGCGCUGGCGGUCUGCUCAUGUACGGCAUCCCCAACAUGAAGCUCGACAAGCGCAUUGUCAAGAGGCGCACCGACUUCAUGGCGGCCGAGGGCAUCCAGUUCAAGACGGGCGUCACCGUGGGCGAGCACGUCCAGUUGAUGGACUUGAAGGCGGACAACGACGCGGUCAUCAUCGCGACGGGUGCCACAGUAGCACGCGACCUCCCGAUCCCAGGCCGCAACCUCGAGGGCAUCCACUUCGCCAUGGAGUUCCUGCACCAGAACACCAAAUCGCUGCUCGACUCGGAGCUCGCCGACGGCGCGUACAUUUCGGCGCGGGGCAAGCACGUGGUGGUGAUCGGCGGGGGCGACACGGGCAACGACUGCAUCGGCACGUCGGUGCGGCACGGCGCGGCGUCGGUCAUCAACUUCGAGCUGCUCCCGCAGCCGCCGGCGGAGCGGGCCAGCGACAACCCGUGGCCGCAGUGGCCGCGCAUCUACCGGGUCGACUACGGCCACAGCGAGGUGCGGCAACACAUGGGCAAGGACCCGCGCGAGUUCUGCAUCAUGUCGCAGGACUUUGUCGACGACGGCGCCGGCCGCGUCAAGGGCAUCAACACGGUCCGCGUCGAGUGGACCCGCACCCCCGCCGGCGGCUGGGAGAUGCACAAGAUCGACGGCUCCCAGCAGUUCUUCCCGGCUGAUCUGGUCCUGUUGUCCAUGGGCUUCCUCGGCCCCGAGGGCAGGGUGCUCGGCGACGAGAUCGAGAAGGAUGGCCGCAAGAACGUCAAGACGCCCGCUGGCGGCUAUGCCACCAACGUGGAGGGCGUCUUUGCCGCGGGCGAUUGCCGCAGGGGCCAGUCGUUGAUUGUUUGGGGCAUCAACGAAGGCCGCCAGGCUGCGCGCGAGGUCGAUCUCUACCUCGAGAAGUGCACCAACCUGCCCGUCACGGGCGGCAUUGUGAAGCACACGGCCGAGGAGGUGUUUGCUGCUGGGGCGGGGGUAGGCGGAGUGGCGGGGGCGGUCGAGCCGGUCGCUGCUUAA